AUGCGGCGGCCGCCGCCCCGAGGCCCCACGACGGCCCCAGGACGUGAAGGCGAAGCACGAGGCCCGAGAAAGCGAGGCCGUGGGCUCGGCGAGGCAGGAGGCUGCGGCCUUGAGACCAGGGGGCGCGAGGAGAGCAGGCAGAGGAGGAGAAUGGUGGCCCGGGCCUCUGGGAGAGCAGAGGCGGAAAAUGACCAGACCGGGGAGGCUUCCAGGGCUGGUAAGGCUGGGAGGCGGCGAGCAGAAGGACCGCGGUGCCCCGUGGGCCCGUUGGACAGUCAGGACAUCGAAGCAGUGAAGGAGGCGGAGCUCCCCUUGCAGUCUGGAAGACCUGCCAAGGAAAAAAGAAAAGUUACCGAAGCCUCGAGUGAUGAUUCACAGCCAGGGAUUGACCUGGUAAGAAAGGAAUCAUUAACCAGUUCGGAAUCUUUCCAAACAGUGGAAUGCAGUGAAUUUCAAAAUAUGGCUUUGUUGCAGUCUUUGGCUAAGGAAGGUUUGGUAGAAAGUAGUAAAAGAAGAAUUCAAAUUAAAAAACAUAAAAGUUUAGAAAGCCCACCUCUCAAAAUAACAGAAAAUGAGGCUACACAAAAUAUUAAGGUUGAAUUCCAAGAUGAACUGUACAAGAGUACUUCAGAAUAUUCUUGUAACAGCUUGUCACCUGGAGUAGAAAAUAAUCUUAUUUUAAAAUUACAUGAGUGCAAUUGUUUUCCCCAUUCCAAGGAUUGUUAUAGUGAAAACAACUUUGCACUUAAACCUGAUGGUGGAUGUAUACAUGUAGCAGAAAAUUCUUCGAAGAAAGAGAACCUUAAUUUCAAGGAUUGUUGUAAUGAAAACAACUUUGCAUAUAAACCUGAUGAUGGAUGUAUACAUGUAGCAGAAAAUUUCUCGAAGUCAAAGAAAGAAAACCUUAGGAAUCCUUCAGAAAAAAGUGACGCAAAUAGUAUUCCUACUCUCUUACAAACUGAAGAAAACUUAAUGGGAGUAAAUAACUUACUGCUUGAAGAAAGUGAUUUAUACCAAAGUAAAAAUAAUGGUUUUCAAAGUGAAAAAAAUAAAUAUUUGUCAGAGGAGAGCGAUGGUGGCAGAAAACCCAGAAAAAAGAUGAAAUUGUUUGAUAAAGAAGAACCAGUUAGUGAGAUGGAUUUCUCUAAUAUGUCUAACAAGUCUGAGUUGAUAUUGCAAGAAAACCAAAUGAGUACAGAUGGGAAAGAAGCAGAGACAUUAGAGGCAAGCAAAAGUCCUUUAAAAGGACUUAAUAUACUCUCUCCAAUGGAUCAUUUAUUAAGUCUGCCAGAAACUGCAGGAAGAAAACCAAGUCCUGGACAUCAUGUAAAUGCUAUGUUUCAGAAAAUUCUUGAACCAUUUUUGAAAGAAGAAACAAUGCCUACCUUAGAGUCCUUAAAUUAUAAAAACAUGGAACCCAAAGAGUAUUUUAAAUCAAUGACAGGCUCUCUAGUGAUAUUGCCUAGUGAUGGCCGUGAUACCGAAAAGAGAUCUUCUCGGGAAGAUUUGAGAGACGAAGGUGAAGAAUCAAAGGUAAGCUGUCGCAGAACAACACCAAUGACUGGUAAAAGAAUUUGGCCUUAUUAUUCAUGUGCUAGAAUAUCUGCCCAGUGUUGGAAAAAGGCUUCCUUGCCAGACUCAAAUUACUUAUUUCCUAGGUCUCAGGAAAAUUUUGGGCAAGAUGAUUUUCUUAAACAACAAACAACAAACCAAACUCACUUAACUGACUCCAAAUUUUUGUUACAAAAUUCCUUACCAGAAAAAAAAAUUGAAUCCUCAACUAAAGAAAAACUAGAUUCUAAUUUAAAUUGUUUGUCUUCAGUUUUAGAACCUACUUUGGUUAUAAAGGAACCUAUAAUCAAGAAUGAUAAAAGGAUAAAGUCAGAGGAACUGAGCAGAGAUGGGUCAGAGGUAGUUUCUAAUACUACUGAAGAUACUCAGUUAACUAAUGUGAUUCAAAGCUUAACAGGAAAUAAAAAAAGAGGAAAUUUAACAAAACCUAAUUUGACAAUGGCUUCCCAGGAUGGCCAGGAAGUAAAUAACUCUGCAAGCAAAACUAUCCAUCGCAAAGCUUGCAUUACUAAGCAAACACUUGUGGUUCCAGACUUGGUUAAAAUAUUAAACACGGGACGGCUGACUAAUUUUAAAAUUCCUUUACUUAAGAAUAAGACAGAAAAAAGAAAAAUAAAUGCCAAGUCUUCAGAGAGAGAAGCUUACAGUCCCCUAAAACUUCUUGACAAUUUAUCUGACUCAGAGGUAAAACAAAAUAGGAAUAAAAAUGUCUCCACAGCAACUUCAGAACGUCAGUCUUUGGGUAUACAAAAUGGUGUGACUCCAGGGCAAGCUAAUUCUGACUCAUUCUACAAUAAGAAUCCCUGUAGUAUUUCUCCAAGCUUUACGAAGCAAGGUGAUGAUGAUAAACCAUCCAAUUAUAUUUCUGAACUAGGCAAUAUUGUUUCCAAUAAGGAACCUGUUUCUUUCAUGAUUGAAAAUAAUACUUUUUCUUGUGGUCCUGGGUUUAUAGAGGAAAGUUCCUUCUGCUCUAAGGAUCAAGAAGUAUUUGAACCAAUUUCCUCUGAAAUUAGUGGUAGAAAAAUGACUAAGAGCAUUUCAAAAAUCGAAGUGGAGUUUCCAGAUAUUCUUAAGGCUUAUGAAGAUGAUGUUCUCUUAAUUGAUGUAAUUCAAGAUGACCCAGACCUCUUUGGAGUCUCCAAUGAAGGGGAGCUCUCAUCUGCCUCAGAGAUCCCCAAGAUAAGCCAGGAGCCCAGUGUUGCAGAACAGCACCACUCAGCAGACUCCAAGCACAUGGAACUUCCAGAAAAAAACGAAUUGGGUGAUUUGAGAGAACUACCUGUACUGGACCUUGGAAUGACCAAGUCAGAGAUCUGUUCUUCCCUGUUGGCAGCAAAUGAGAUAGAACAUGAUUCCAAAGGUACAAGCAUUUCCUUAGAAGUUACUAACGAGACCUCCGAAAACGAAAAACUGGAAGAUCUCGGUGAACAAAUAAAAGUUUCAAACUUGGAUGAAAAGUGUAGAGUUUCAGAUAAGGCGACUAACAAAGAAGAAAAAGAAAGUACUUACGAAGCUUGUAAAAGCACAGAGUCUAGAAAUGCAGAGAUAAUGACUGCUGAAUGUCAAUUAGCAGCACUGGGCACCAAACCUCUGUGCUUAUCAUUGCCUCCUUUGAAUCUGGGUGGUCAAGAAGACAUAAUACCGAAGCCCUGGGUGAAUGAUUUCAGAUUUCCAGGAAAACAUUCUGUCCUAAGGCUGCAGAAUCCUGAUACUUGUGAAAUAUUUAAAAGGGAUAAAAAUGCAGGGGUGUUCCAGAAGCCCUUAGGGUUGAUGAUACCCCAUAGAUAUUGCAAGUUUCAUUUUAAUACAUUACGUGGCUGUGAGAGAUUGCAAUGCAAAUUUGCUCAUGUGCCUGAACAAGGGAAUGAAAAGGUUUGCAUGGAUGUAUUUAGGAAAUAUAUAAGUAUCAAUGAGCUGUGUUUGCUACAACGUGCAGUAAAUAUAUUUAUGGAAUACUACAGAAAGUUUCCUCCAGGUAUACAUUUUGAUUUACAAGUGCUGAAUGAUCUUCUAAUUUCUUUACUCAAACAUUGUUUACUGAAAGAAGUGUUUCAGGUAGUAAACCUCAGCAUAAUGAUUAAAAUGCUGCCUGCUCUGAAAGUAUUACUAAAAAUAUUUGAGCAUGUGGCAACUUUGAAAUUAAGGACUGCUGUACCUGCUUUAGUUGAUAUCUUUUGCAAGCUUGUUGAAGCUGGAAUGAUGCUUGACCCAGAGCACUUUAACUAUAUUGUUAAGCUUUUAUAUCAAGUACAGGCUUCCAAACAAGAAAUAACUGCAGUUCUGGAAAUCAAAUCCAGGUUACAGAAGAGGCAAUUUAAAAAGAACUGGAAGUAUGAUUUAGAUUCAGCCUUGAAUGAAAUAGAGAAUUGUAAAGAAAAAGGUGACUGGACCAAAUUGGGAAAUUUAUACAUUAGCGUAAAAAUGGGCUGUGAAAAAUUUGCAGAUUUCCAGAAAUUUUGUACUUGUAUUGCUGAAACACUCACAAAAGACUGUAAAGAAGAAAGACCAGGUGUUCCUUUUUGUGAAUUUGCUGAAACAGUUAGCAAAGAUCCACAAAAUAGUGAAGUAGAUAAAACUUUGCUGGGAAGAAUUGGAAUCAGUGCUAUGUACUUCUAUCACAAGCUGUUGCAGUGGUCCAAGGGAAGGAAGGUCUUAGAUAAACUAUAUGAAUUAAAAAUACAUUUUACAAGUUUAAAAGGACUUACAGGGCCUGAGAAGUUAGCACCAAGAUGUCAGAUUGUGAAUAUUGCAGCAGAAAUUUUUCUAAAAAGUGGAAGCCUAGAUGGUGCCAUUUGGGUAUUAAGGGAAUCAGAAUGGGUAAUCAACACACCUCUUUGGCCUUGUGAUAGACUGGAUGUGCUUAAUCGACAUAAUUUGCUUUGUACAAUUGCACAUGAAAUCUUAGCCAAGAGCCUUUACAGACAGACAUUUGAAGUUUUGCAGAAUCUACCAGGUUUUCAAAAUUCUCAAGAAAAUAUGGAGGUCUCACAGUAUAGCCUUCUUUUUAAUAAACUUCUAGAUGCCUGUAUAGAAAGCAACAGUCUUGGCAUGUCAUCCUCUGUAGCAGAAUUCAUGAUUUCAAAGAAUAUCCCUAUUGAUUUUUCCUUUCUUAGAAGAUUGAUUACUUCUUUGGGAAGGAGUUGUUUAUGGCUUAAGGCCAGAACCCACUACAAAAGUGCUGUUUCAUUAGGUUGCUAUCCACCACUGGAGGGAAAUUUAUACCGAAAACUUCUAUUGAUUCCUUCUUAUUUAUCUGAGAUUGAAAUGCUUUUAGCUAUUGAAAUCUUCCUGGUAUCUAAUGCUAGUAGUAUUCAGAGUCCUGGAACGUCCACACAGAUGUUACAGAUAGUUUUGAAAAGAUGUGAAGACAACAAGCCUCGGAGCAAGGAUGAUUAUCAAGCUGCAGUGGAAAGGUUAAUUAUGGCUGCUCGAAUAUCAGAUCCAAAGCUUUUCAUUAAGCACAUGACUGUCAAUGUUAAUAAGGAACAGGUUUAUAGUUUGGAACAUUGUUCUGCCCUGAAAUGGUUGAAAGAGAAUAUGAAAUGGGCUGGAAAGGUUUGGCUUUUCAGUAACCAUUAGUUAAUAAAGGCUUUUUUUUUUUUAAGUUCAAGUAAUCAUUGUUGAAAAUAAAAAGCAAUAAAAAAGUUUUCACUUUUGAGUUUUUGCACUUUUUAAAAAUUAUAGCAAGUUAACUUUUC